UUUGUUUACGACAUACAACAACGUCAUUACAUUACUCGCAAGGUUAAAUUUAAGGUUAUUUCAAUUCCCCAGAGACUAUUCAACUUCUCUCUAAACAUUUUUCCUUUUCCGGUAACUAUGGCCACCGCCGACCUAAUCCCGAACGGAACUUUACAAUUGCAACCACCAGUCGAACCAAUUCCGGACGCCGUCAACCCCCCGGCAACCGAGGAAACAGAUUCCGAAGAGAAGAAAUGGCCGGGUUGGCCAGGUCAUUGCGUUUUCCGGCUGAUUGUGCCGGUUCUUAAAGUCGGGAUCAUAAUCGGCCGCAAAGGGGAGCUUAUCAAGAAGACUUGCGAAGAGACUCGUGCUCGGAUUCGUGUUCUCGAUGCUCCACUCGGUACUCCUGAUCGAAUUGUGCUUAUAUCGGGGAAGGAAGAUUUGGAGGCGCCUUUUUCUCCUGCAAUGGAUGCUGUAAUAAAGAUUUUUAAACGUGUCUCCGGAUUAAGUGCAACUGAUGACAAUAAUGCAGCAUCAGAAGUUGCAGGAGUUGCAUUUUGUUCAAUCCGUUUAUUGGUGGCCUCAACACAAGCUAUCAAUUUGAUAGGAAAGCAGGGUUCUUCGAUUAAAACUAUACAAGAAAAUACCGGUGCUUCUGUUAGAGUUUUAUCUGGAGAGGAUCUUCCAUCGUAUGUUGGUGCCGAUGAGAGGAUUGUGGAACUGCAUGGAGAAACCUUAAAGGUCCUAAAAGGUCUGGAAGCAGUAGUUGGGCACCUGAGGAAGUUUUUGGUUGAUCAUAGCGUUCCUCCCCUAUUUGAGAAAACUUGCAAUGCAACAAUCUCACAAGACCGCCAGACAGAUGCUUGGGCAGAGAAACAGUCACUGCGUAGUGCUUCACAACCUAGCAUUGUUUCUGAUAUUCCUCCUUCAACAAAAAGGGAUUAUUUCUUUGCAGACCGUGAAAGUCAAUUGGAUUCAUUGCUCUCUUCCUCAACAAUGUCACAAUAUGGACAAGAUUCUUCAAUUUCUGGUCUUCGUUCUUCGGCAUUUAAUCGUGCUAGUGCUUCCAUUGUUACUACCGUAAUACAAACAAUGCAAAUACCACUUUCCUAUGCAGAGGACAUAAUUGGCGUUCAAGGGACUAAUAUUGAUUACAUUCGCCGUACUAGUGGUGCCAUAUUGACUGUGCAGGAGAGCAGAGUGCCAGAUGAAAUCAUUGUGGAAAUAAAAGGCACCUCCUCUGAAGUUCAAACAGCACAACAAUUGAUUCAGGAAGUCAUAGCUAAUCGCAACGAAACUAUGGCUAGCAGUUACGGCCGGUUAGAUUCAGGAAUGAGGUCUUCUUACUCCCACUUGAACAGUUCUUCCUAUCCCUCAUCUUCCUUGCCAUCACAAUCCUACAACGGGUAUGGAUCUUCUGGUCUAGGAGGGGACUAUAGUACUUUCAGACUUUAAAGUUUAAACUGGUCUUAAACAAGGAAACAGUCUUGAGCCCAGUUGUCCCAGUUUGGUUUGAUUGAAAAAAAUUAAUGCUGGAAUGAAUUCUGUAGCAACAAAAAAGCAUUUUUUGUUUUGUUUUAUUUGAUAUGUCAUCAUUUGAUGGUGAAGUUCAAAAUGUGGCUAAUAGGUGUAAUGCAAUAGAAAAUGCAAUGAAAUAUUACGCUAUUGACCA